AUGUUUAGCGGUAAUAGCAAUAAUAACAACCGUUAUAAUGGUUCAAUGGGACCACCACAAUCACAAUUUGAAGAUAAUAAAAAAAAAGUGAAAACUACCCAAGAAACAUUAUCAUCAAUACCACAACAACUACAACAACAACAACCUAUUUCAGCGUCAUCAUUAUCUAGUAAUAAUAAUGAUCUUUUUAAUUCACUUUUAACAUCAUCUUCAGUUUUAUUUGGAACACUUCCAACUCAAUCCUCAUUAAUGGGUUUUUCUCAAUUAACAACACCAUCGUCAGCCUCUGCUUUAAAUAAUUUUGUUAAUAACUAUAAUAAUAAUAAUAAUAAUAAUAAUAAUAAUAAUAAUAAUAAUAAUAAUAAUAAUAAUAAUAAUAAUAAUAAUAAUAAUAAUAAUAAUAAUAAUAAUAAUAAUAAUACAUAUAAUUCAUACAAUAGUAGUAAUAGAAAUAUUAAUAGUAGUGGUAGUUAUGAAAAUGUUGUAGAGAAACCAACUAGAGGUAUUGUAGUAAGUAAUGAUAGCGAUACAACUACUUGUAGUUCUGGAAGUGUAAGUUCAUAUAGUGGUGCUGGUGCUGGUGGAAAUAAUAAUAAUAAUAAUAAUAAUAAUAGUAAUAAUAGUAGCAAUAAUAAUAAUAAUAAUAAUAAUAAUAAUAAUAAUAAUAAUAAUAAUAAUAAUAAUAGUUGUUUUAAUGCAAUAUCAUCUAAAUCAAUGUUUGAAUCUCAACAACCGCAGCAACAACAAACCCAACAAACCAGAUCACCAACAAGAUCAUCAUUCUUUGGAUCAGAGAUUAUUAUAGAUUCAUGUGUCGACACAGCGCCUCCACUACAAUCAGUGGUACCAAGUAAUAAUUACGGAAAUUAUUAUAAUCAAUCUAUAAAUAAUACCAAUAAUAAUACCAAUAAUAACAACAACAAUAAUAAUACUAAUAAUAAUAAUAAUAGUUAUAAUAGUAAUAGUAAUAAUACAUAUACAUCAAAGACUCAACCAACUAGUCCAAUUAAAUCUCAAUCACCAACUUAUCAAAGUGCAAAUAUAAGGACAAGUCAUCAAUAUCAUCAACCAAUUGGUGGUGGAAGUAGUAGCAAUCAUACAGGUCCCCCUAAAAUUCAAAUUACUAAAAGUUUAGAUUCACAAUUUUCAAAUACAAAUACAAAUACAAAUAUAAAUAAUAAUAAUAAUCAACAACAACAACAACAACAACAACAACAACAACAACAACAACAACAACAACAACAAUCUAAUUCUCAUCACCAUCAUAACCAUUCAUCCAAUCAUCAUUAUAAUCAUCACCAUAGUAGUGGUAGUAAUUUAGUUUCACCAUCACCAACUACAUAUCCGCAUUAUAUAUCAUCAUCUACAGUUUGGAAUCAACAAUAUAUUUCAUUCUUUUCAUCAUCAUCAGCAUCAUCUUCGGCAUCUGUAAAUAUUAAAUCGACAAAUAACAACAACAAUAAUAAUAAUAAUAACAUGAAUAAUACAAUAUCUAAAGAAUCAUUCAUUGGUUCAUUUAUUUUAAAUGUACCUUCAUUUGAAAAUUAUUCAGAAUUUUUAAAUAAACAAAAUUUAAUUGAAAAAAUUAAUAUACUUGUAAUUAGAUAUGGAUGUAAUGUUUCUUUAAGAUUUAUUGCUCAUUUAAAACAACAAGAUAUUGAAAUGGAGAAACCUUCAUUUAACAGCAAUACUUAUAGUAAUGGUAAUGAAUUGGUUUUAGGUGAAAAAUCAUUAUCUUGGUUAUCAAUAUUAUUAGAAAAGAAUUAUAUUCAAGUUGAAUGUAGAGUUUUAAAAGUUAAUAAUAAUAAUAACAAUAAUAAUAAUAUAGAUUAUGAAAUAAAUGUAUAUAAUGGAAUUGAAAAAGAAAUAAUAGCAAAGAAUCAACAUAGUCCAUUUGUAAAUGCAUGGAUUCAAAUGGCUAAUGAAUUAAGAAUUUUAAAUUCACCAAUUAUAUCUCAUAGUGGUAGUGGUAGUAGUAGUAGUAAUUAUAAUAAUAAUACUGGUUAUCGUUAUAAUGGUAGUUAUCCAUCAUCACCUACCUCUUUAUCAAUACCAACAUCACCAAUAUUCUUAGAUAAUUCUCAAUCUUCAUUAUUAUCCGUAUCAAAUUCAUCACUUGCUUCAUAUUCACCUUCUUCCUCAUUAUCUGGUAUUAUAACUCCACUUUCAUUAUAUUCACCAGCAACUUCAAAUCAAUCAAUACCUUUAUUUCAUAAUAAUAAUAAUAAUAAUAGUAAUAGUAAUAAUAAUAAUAAUAAUAAUAAUAAUAAUAAUAAUAAUAAUAAUAAUAAUAAUAAUAAUAAUAAUAAUGUAUCAUCAUCAUCAUCAAUAACAAUUACAAAUACAACAUUAGAUAAUAGUUUAGAUUUAGUUACAUCAGCAAGAUCAUUAAGAUCAAGUGCUACAGAUAAUUUAUUCCAACCAUGUCAAGUAUUAUGUAAAUCUACAGAUAAUUUAUUUAAACAACAAAUUGAAAGUAUAAUAACAGAGACUAAAUUAGAAAUGGAUGAACCAAAACAAUUUAAACUAACAUUAAGAACUUAUCAAAGACAAGCAUUAUAUUGGAUGCAUCAUAGAGAAUUAUCUGAACCAGAGGAAAUCAUUUCAUUGGUUGAUUUAGAUGGUAGUAAAGAUUUAUCAUUUGUAAAGGGUGGUUUAUUAUGUGAUGAUAUGGGUAUGGGUAAAACUAUUGAAAUCAUUGCAACAAUACUUGCAAAUAAAAGUAAUUAUCCAAUAAAUAGCAGCAGUGAUAUUGAAAACAAUAAUAAUAAUAAUAAUAAUUAUAAUAAUAAUAAUAAUAAUACCAAUCAAGUUCAACAAUCAAAUUGUACAUUAAUUGUUUGCCCAGUAUCUGUAUUACAACAAUGGCAUAGUGAAAUUAUUAAUAAUACAAAUCCAAGUUUAAAUGUUUAUAUUUAUCAUGGUCCAAAUAGAAAUAGAGAUAGGUCAUUUUUAAUGAAACAUGAUAUUAUUUUAACAACAUAUACUACUUUGGUUGCUGAACAUAAUGACGAUGUUAUCAUUAAUUUAAAUAAUAAUAACAAUAAUAAUAAUAAUAAUAACAAUAAUAAUAACAAUAAUAAUAAUAAUAAUAAUGGUAUUCAUCACUCUGCUGAACAUAAUAAUUUUAUUGAUCCAAAUAAUUUCAAUAAUGAAUCAAAAUCAACACCUACAUCACCAACACAUCAAUCACCUUUAAUGUCAUCAUUUCCAAUGCCAUUAUCACCAACUCAACAACAAAUUCAAUCAAAACAUAAAAGGAAAAGGUUAGGAGAUAUUAAUGAAAAUGAUGAAACAAUUAAUAGUAAUAAUAAUAAUAAUAGCAAUAGUAAUAUAACAAGUAGUGGUAUUCAUAGUGUAAAAUGGUUUAGAGUUGUUUUAGAUGAAGCACAUACAAUUAAAGAAAGAUCGACAAGAACAUCGAAAGCAACCUAUGCAUUGGAAUCUAUAAUUAGAUGGUGUGUUACAGGUACACCAAUUCAAAACAAAUUGGACGAUUUAUUCUCCUUAUUACAUUUUUUACGUGUCGAACCAUUCCAUAAUUAUAGUUGGUGGAAUCAAUAUAUUUUAAAACCUUCAAAAUUAAAAGAUGAUAUUGGUUUCUCAAGAUUAAGAGUUUUAUUAUCAAAAAUAUUAUUAAGAAGAUUAAAAGAUCAAAAAAUAAAUAAUACACCAAUUUUGAAAUUACCUGAUAGAACAAUUAUGAUUAAAAGGGAUAUUUUCAGUGAAGAAGAAGAACAAAUUUAUCAAGAUUUAUGGAAAACUGCUAAAACUAAAUUUAAUAAUUUAUUUCAAAGUGGUUCACUUUUAAAAAAUUAUGCACAUGUAUUGGAAAUGUUAUUAAGAUUAAGACAAGUUUGUGAUCAUCCUUAUUUAGUUCAAAAGAAACAAGAUAAUAACAAUGAUGAUGCUGCUGAUAAUAAUGAUAAUAAUAGUUUAGAUAGUGACAAUGAUGAUAAAAAUAAAAUUCAAAAUAAUUUAAAUCAUGAAUCUGAUUGGUCAACAUUUUUAGAUUUUAUAAAUUCAAAACCAAAUCAUUAUAAUCAAUUUGAAUUGGGUAAAUGUUUAAAAAAAAUACUUGGAAAGGGUAUAAAAGAUCAAGAAUGUACCAUAUGUAUGGAAACUUUAGAAAAUCCUUCAAUCACAACUUGUGGUCAUUUCUUUUGUACUCUUUGUAUUCAAAAGAAUUUAAUUGCUGAUACAAAAUUAGUACCAACUAUUAAUAAUACAAAUAAUAAUAAUAAUAAUAAUAAUACAAAUAAUAAUAAUGCAAAUAAUAAUAAUAAUAAUAAUAAUAAUAAUAAUAAUAAUAAUAAUAAUAAUAAUAAUAAUAAUAAUAAUAAUAAUAAUAAUUUAUCACCAACUGGAACAUCACCAACACAAUCAACAACAUCACCAACAUUUUCAAUACCAUCAUUACCAAUUCCAAAUAAAACCAAUUUAUUAUCAUCAAGUGGUGGAGCAAUGUUAAUUAGUCCAUCAAGAUCACAAAGUGAAUCACCAAGAUAUAAAACCAACCAUUUAAAUCAAUCGAGUAAUUGUGUUUCAAAUACACCAACACCACUACAAUCACCACAUUCAACUCCACAUUCAACUCCACCAAUGUCACCAAGAAUUAUUAAACCAUCAUCAACAAAUCUAGUAUCAUUAUCACCAAAGAGUAGUUAUGAAAAUGUACCAAUUUCAAAGAUUUUAAAUAGUAGUGGUGGUGCUCAAAAUUUAAAUACAAUUAUUAAUAAUUUAAAUACUGAUCAAGAGAAAAUAUUUUUAUGUCCAAUUUGUAAACAAUCAAUUAAACAAAGUACAAUUAAACCAAUUUCAUUUAAAUCUUCAUCAAAUAAUAAUAUUAAUAAUAAUAAUAACAAUAAUAAUAAUAAUAAUAAUAAUAAUAACAAUAAUAAUAAUAAUAAUAACAAUAAUAAUAAUAAUAACAAUAAUAAUAAUAACAAUAAUAAUAAUUUGAUAAAAAAAAAGAAUAUUUUUAAUUCAAAUAAUUGGAAAAGUAGUACAAAAAUUGAUUCGUUAUUAGAUGAAUUGAAUAAAGUUUUUAAAAAUGAACCAGAUUCAAAAUGUUUAAUUUUUUCACAAUGGACAUCAAUGUUAGAUUUAUUAGAGUAUCCAUUAAAUUUGAAUCAAUUCCAAUUCGUAAGAUUAGAUGGCAAAAUUCCACAAAAACAAAGAGAAGUUGCAAUUAAAAGAUUUAAAGAAGAACCAAAUGUUAAAAUAUUUUUAAUAUCAAUAAAAGCAGGUGGUUUAGGUUUAAAUUUAGUUGCUGCCUCACAUGUAUUCCUAAUGGACCCAUGGUGGAAUCCCUCAACUGAAGAACAAGCAAUUGAUAGAGUUUAUCGUAUUGGUCAAAAUAAAAAUGUAAAUGUAAUUAGAUUUUUAAUCAAAGAUUCAAUUGAAGAAAGAAUUUUAAAUCUUCAAAAAUCAAAAAAAGAUUUAGCAAAGGAAGCUUUAAAUACAAUGAAAAAACAAACAAGAAUUGAAGAAUUAAAAAUGUUAUUUGAUGAUUAA